AUGCGGUUACGCGGCGCCAGGCACGAGAUGGAGAACGGCAUGUCAGUCAAGAGUUCUUCCUGGUUUCUUGAUGACAUCAUCUUUAUGCCUGGUCAGGUGACAUUGCUGUUGAACCGUAGGAGCGUGGUCUCGUACGAGCAGCUUCUAUUGGACGUCUCCGAGGCGCUGGGGUUUCCUCGCUGGCACAGGGCCAGAGUCACACGCCUCUACACACCACACGCACGAGAGGUGCGGGGUGUGUGUGAUUUCUUCCGUGGCGACGCAGCGUUCCUGGCAUUGGGAAAGUCUCGUCCAGAGCUCCGGAGUGUCGAGGAGGCCCUGGAGGAGCUGUUUCCACAACAUUCCUGUUACCGCAACGACGCACUCCAGGCCUGGGAGAGGAGGUUACAACCUUCACCUGAUAAAGCUGCCAAGGCUGACAGCGGAUACAGCGAGGGGACAGACAUACACACACACCCUGACAAGGAUACACACACAAGCCUCGACACGAACACACAGACAUACAGUGUUACAUACACACAGGGAUGCAACCUGGACACACACACACAUACUCACCAAGACACACUGACACAAACCAAUACACACCCAAAAACACUGACACACAACAAUAAACACCCAAACAGGCACUCCACACACAAAAACAAACACCCAACUAGACAGCCCAUACACCCUAUUCACACCCACCUCGAUACGGAUGCGCACACACAUACACACCCUAACACGCAUUCUAACCAACACUCCACACACCCCUCUCGCCCCCCCAAUCACCUUCAGAGGGUCAAAGUGAAAGUUGCAGCCAGAGAGAUUCUCUCCUCACCGAUAGGUCCCCCCACCCAGGAAGAGGAGCUAGGGGGAACUGUACUCUGCAGGAACUGUAAGCCUUCUGAAGGACCCAAUCCGAGAGCAGGGAGGGCUCUACUUCCUCCCGUAACCAGGAAGCAAACAGGAAACGGACCAAACGACCAGGAAGUAGAGAAACCUCACGUCGGUCCCACCACACUCCACACUGGACCAAUCUGCAGGCUUGAGCAGGAGUCCCUCAGCCAAUCAGAACCUUCAUCCUCAGAUUCUAAACAGGAAGAGGCAAGGACUAAACAGGAAGUGAUAUUUGAUCUCCCAUCUGAUGGUAGUGAUGUCACCCUGUCAGACAUUGAGCGUUGCUAUGACAUUGGCCGCAUGGUCGGAGACGGGAACUUUGCUGUUGUGCACGAGUGUCAUCGGCGCAACAAUGGGGAAGCCUUCGCUGUGAAGAUUGUGGAGCACUCAAAGCUCAUUGGCCGAGAGCACAUGAUGCAGAAUGAGCUGAGCCUUCUGGGUAGCCUGUCACACCCCCGCGUGGUUCGCCUCUUCACACACCACCACACACACACACACUCCUAUCUCGUCAUGGAGAUGGUUGCCGGGGGCGACCUGUUUGAGGCAAUCGCAGUCCGUGGGAAGUUUCCGGAAAAGGAGGCAGGGCUGAUGGUGUGUGAUGUCAGCGAGGCUCUGAGAUACAUCCACAGCAAGACCAUAGUACACAGAGAUCUGAAACCUGAAAACCUACUGGUGGAGUUCAGUAGUGAUGGUGUCAGUAGGUUGAAGCUGGGUGAUUUUGGUCUGGCCAUGGUUGUAACAGAACCCAUCUCACUUGUGUGGGAAAUCCACCUAUGUACGCCCCGGAGAUCCUCUCAGAGACAGGUGACUAUGUCUAUCACUCUUAUUUAUUACCUUAUCUAA